GGAGAACACACCAUGCCAAGUCCAUUGCCUCCCCGCACGUGGGAUCCAGCGAGGAAGGAGCAUUCACAGCAGCAAUGCAAUCCAGCUAUAAGAUGACAGUCGUUGGCCUCCCCGCUAUGGUUGUAGGCACAGUAACCGUUUCAGCUUCUCAAUCCCGUCACGAUGCAUCCCAGUGCCCUCGUCGGCCUCUUGGCCUUUGCCGCCGCGGCGGCAGCUAUUCCUACCCAGUCCGGACGCGCUCACUCGGACCACUCCAUCCAAAACCUCAAGUCCAAAAUUAAGAGUGUGGUGGUGCUGGUGAUGGAAAACCGCUCCGUCGACAACCUGCUGGGAGGCCAGACCAUCCAAGGCCUGGAGAACCCCAUCAACAAUGGGCCCUACUGUAAUCCAUACAACGUCACCGACCUUUCCAAGGGCAUUGUCUGCAGUGCUGCCAGGGACUACGACUCCGUGACGGAUGACCCCGAUCACGCAGUCUACGGAAACAACUUCGAGUUCUACGGCACCUUCAAUCCAGAGAACAGCGACAUCGCCCGGGGGAAACUGAUCCCGAGCCAGGAAGGCUUCGUCCAAGAGCAGCUGCGUCUCUAUAGCGCCGAUGCGAACCGGACGAAGCUGUCCACUCAGGUCAUGAACUACUACACCGAGGACCAGGUGCCGGUCCUCACCACUCUGGUGCAGAAUUACGUGGCAUUCAACCACUGGCACUCGGACAUCCCUGGCCCGACGGAUCCCAACCGUGCCGCACUCGUGUCCGGGACUUCUUAUGGCCAUGGAGACAAUGACGACGCCUUCAGCGAGCAUGCCUUUCCUCAACGCUCCAUUUUCCAGCAGCUGACCGAGACCGGCCACUCAUGGAUCAACUACUAUGACACCGCAGGUGGCACCGGUCCAGAUGCCGGCUUCUUCAACUGGACCUACGCUACUAGCAACACGGAUAAGAUUCAGCCGCUAGCCAACUUCUACACCGAUGCUGCCGCUGGCUCUCUACCCGAGUUCACCUACAUCAACCCCUCGUGCUGUGGGGUGGGCACCAACUCUAUGCAUCCGAGCGGGCUGAUCUCCGAUGGCGAGAAGUUGAUCAAGGACGUGUACGAUGCACUCCGCGCGGGUCCUCAGUGGAAUGAGACACUGUUCAUUCUGAGCUUUGACGAGACCGGGGGUUUCCACGACCACGUUCCCCCGCCGCUGGCUCCCCGGCCAGACAACCUGACCUACACGGCCACCGCCCCCAGCGGGGAGAGCUAUACCUUCGAGUUCAACCGACUGGGCGGACGAAUUCCCACCUUGCUGAUCUCGCCGUGGGUCGGCAAGGGGUAUGUAGAGCAGAAGGGGAUGACUGUCGAGGGUAAAACGGUAUCCUACUCCGCCUCGUCCAUUCUCCGCACGCUGGGCUACCUAUGGGACUUUAAGCCUUUCACCCCGCGUGUCGAGUAUGCCCCAUCAUUCGAGCAUCUCAUCCAGAAACGUGCACGGAAUGACACCCCGACUACCCUCCCUACUCCAGUUCCGUUCCGACAGUAGACAAAA